GUGUUGAACUCGUUUUCACAAUCGUAAAAGUUGUUGCGACAGUAAAAUUGGAUAGACCGUGUACAAAGAAACUAGAAGAAGAAGAAGACUGCCUCGAAAGAAUUCACCUGGAAUUAUCGUGCCAACCUAUCAAACUUAAACGGAUAAUGUAAUCGGGCAUUUGGAGCAUUAUCAAACAUAAGCAAACAACUUCAGUAAAGCCAUCAAUAAAUAUUCAAGCGCCUAGAACACGGUUCCCUCCGACGAGCUUAUCAGUAAGUUGCUUCACCAACGUUCUCCUGGCAGCUGGAUCGAUACAUUACAAAUGGGAUGGCGACAAGUGACGAAGAAUCUGUAUUGCUUGAAUAUAAAUCUUCUUUGAGUGACCUUGACUUCAACUCCAAACCAAUGAUUAAUAUGUUGACCAUGCUUGCUGAGGAAAAUGUCAGUCAUGCUUCAGGCAUUGUGAGCAUUAUAAAAAGGAGAAUUAUAGAGAGCAACAUUAAGCUGAAACUCCCAUCAUUAUACCUGCUGGAUUCAAUUUUGAAGAAUGUUGGAGAUAACUUCAUCCGAGCAAUUACUGAUAACCUUUUGGAGAUAUUUUUGAAUGUCUUCGAACAUGGAGAUGAACGAGUUCGAAUCUCAUUAUAUAAACUGAGAAAUACUUGGCGUGACUUCUUCACAAAGGAAUUCUUAUAUGAACUGGAUUUAGCUGUUAAAAACUUGGAUCAAAACUGGCCAGUAGUAGACGUACCACCUCCGUCAAGUUCUAUCCAUAUCAACCCAAGGUUUCUUGUGAAGAAUGAACGUGGACCCAGUAUUGAGUACGAUUUGCAACAUGGAAACACUAACAGCAUUGGACAUGCAGAAAGAAACAUUUCAACCCAACAACAAGAAACUAAAGAUCAGCCAUUAGUAGGUGACAAGGUGAGUCAAAGCAGUGCAAAGUAUUCAAAAGUCCCGCGUUCAACAGACCCGCGUAGAAAAGACCCGCCUGCAAAAGACCCGCCUGCAAAAGACCUGUUACAGUCAGACAGUAACUUCGUUGAUGGUUCCACAGCUAGAGGAAACCAACAUGAAGUAAUGCACCGAAAAAAGAAGAGGGAUGAACUUUUGUUAACUGGCUCCAAAACAGCAAAAGAAGUUUUGCCGAAAGGUUCGCCGGUUUCAAAUGUCAAAAGACAGCGCACGACACAAUUGUCUUCAGAGGUAACUGAAAAAAACGUGUCCCCGGCUAACGCUGGUACCAAUGAUAUAAUAUUAAGUUCUGUAUCAAAUAUUGAUAGUUCGGUUACGUACAGAGGAGAAGCUGCGGACAAUCUUUCCAAUUCGGGCAUUCAACUCCAGUCGAAUAUCACAAAAGCCAGCAAAGGUGAAUGGUUUCCGCCAAAUAAGAAGGUCAAAAUUGUGGGGCAUCAAAGAGUAUCAUCAAAUGGUUCUGACUGCACAAAUGAGAUUGGAAAUUUGGAUGGCAAUGUUUCAAAAAAAGUCAGAGAAGCUACGGCUGAAAUGUCUGAAAAGCAGAAUACAACUGGUGGACAUCUGGCUAAGCAUAAUUUUCCUAGUGAAGCUGAUCAUCAUAGAAAUGGAAGCAAUAUGAAGAGGAAAUCAAAUUUAGAUGAUGGUCAGAGAGUUCCAUCAGAAGAUGAACUGCCUCGUCAAAUGAGAAUAAAAAAUCACCAAAAGUUGCUUGAUGAGCUUAGAAAGAGACUUGAUAUUGGAGAAAUAACGAAGGAUGCGCAUGACGCUCUUCUUGGUCAAAUUAACAUGAUGUACCAAGUACAAAAGAGGAGGGAUAGUACAGGAGAAAAACCACAUGGCGAGAGAGUUGGUGAAGCAAAUCCCUCUGUCAGUCCAUUCGUUGGUGGAUCUUUGAAGGAAGCGUCGCCUGGACAAAAGUCGUUGGAGCAAGAGAAAACUAACAGAGAUCUAAUUGCACAGCUCAAAGAGAAAAGGCUGAAUGCGGUAAAAGAAUUAGCAGAAAAUUCCACAAAAAUUGAGCCAUUGGUUUCUCUAAAACAAGAUUCAAAAAUGAUAACACCGGAGAAAAUAUCAGAGUUGCCUGAUGUCACGUCUGGAAGCAAUUCUAGAAAGAGUAACACCAACGAAAGAACCUCACAAGCAAGUACUCAUAAACCCAAUUUUAACAUUGAAGCCAUUGAAAAAACUGACAGACUUGUUGCUGAACCAUGUAGCAAGCCCUUGAUAGCAACUGAGGAACCUUGUUCAUCCCAACAGGUUACUAAUCUAGAUAAAAGUCGUGAUAGUAAUUUUGAUGUCCUGGGAAACAAACUAGAAGUGCAUGGGAGGGCUUUCAAGACUGAGAGAAAAGUAAACAAGCGAAAUGCUUUCAAUUUUCAUAAACCAAAAAACAAUUCAGUGAAUACUGAAAGAGAAGACGUUCAACACAAUAAACUUUUGCAUAAAAAGGGCCGCGAGGGUUUUGGAAUCAGACAUCAAGGCUCAAGAGGUUCUCCGGUAAAUUUCAACGAAAUGGUUGUUAGUCAGCCAUCCUCUGACCCAGAUGUUGAAUCAAGGGCUAAAAAUAGGCACGAAAACCUUUAUUGGGGGGAUGAAGUUAGCAAAGGACCGUCAAAUGCAAAUUUUGCACCAAGAAACAGCUGUGAGUGGCAACGAGCACCUUUUGAAAAUCGAAGGCAAAUUGGCCCCAGACCCUCAGUUCAAUUAUUUGAGCAGAAGCCUCAUUAUGAUAAUUCUCGUCGUCAUCGUGAGCAAGAGACGUUUAUUCGUGAAGACAGAUUUAGAAGGGAUAACUUUAGGGAAAGAAAUCAAGCUGAAAAUGAUGGAUUUUUCGUUGAUGAAGUCCGAAGUAUUAGCGAAAAAGUUCAAGGACGAUUCGUAGCCCCUGAAGCCUCUCGCCACCAGCAAUCACAAUUUAAAGGCUUUGCUCGAGGUGGAAGGCAAAGGUUCGUGCAUAAAGUUCCAAGUUCCCCCUAUUUCAGACCGAAUACGCAAGACAAUAGAAUGUUACCGGACAGUUUUCAAGACCAACCGUUUAGGAGAAAUCUCCCUGACUUCGAUGCACCAGGAAGAAAUAUGGAAGAUAGUUGGGUAAUGGAUUCAAAAUUUGAUAAUAAGAGAGUAGUCGGGCCAUCGGGAGCAGCAGGGCCCAACAUAGGUGAUGGUCAUCCACAUCGUAGGCAGAUGUUAGGUUCUAGGAGAGACGUUGAAGCCUCCAGGCACGUUGAUUUUAUUCGACAUGAAGAAGCUUUUCGACAAUCAAGGGCCGAUAAUAUUGCCCACCAUCCAUUUAGAGAAGAAGAAAGGUUUAUUUAUAAUAAUGAAUCUGGCUUUUUCAAAAGCGCACAACCCGUGCCUGAAAAUAUGUCUAUGAAACCCGAUUGGCAAACUCAAAGUGUCGAGACACAUCGUGAACAGCUGCCUUUUCGUAGUCUGCUUUCUGAUGAAAGCACCAGUCCUGGGAUUUCUGCCGACCAGCGUUUGAGGUAUUUCAAUUCAAAUGAAGACGGCAAAAGAAAUUUGGAAGAAAAUGAUAAUAUUCGCAGCAGAACAAGACAACAGAUGUCUCUUUUUGAAAAAAAUGCUAAUACUGAUAAAUCGAACGUUGCUGAAGAGUUUGAGCAGAGAACGGGGCUUGAUAACAGUUCUCGCUACAAAACUUUCAAUACUUCAGACACCAAAGCAGAUGAUGAGAUACCAAGUGAAAAAAGGAAGUUCAUAGGUGUAAGGGAACUUUUCCAGAGACUGGUGUCAUCUGGAGUAAUAGCCAAUUCGUCGAAGCAAGUUGAAGAAAAAAGUGCAUCUACACCUCCUCCUGCACUUGAAUCAGAAGAGGCCAUCAUUCCUAAUCUCAGAUUUGUGAUGGAGGAUUUAAAAACGCGACAUGGCAGUGUCAUAGAUCGUUUGUACACUGGCACUCAAUGCGCUUCUUGUGGCUUGCGCUUUUUUGGAGACAAUAAGAUUCUUUAUAGUGACCACUUAGACUGGCAUUUUCGCAAUAACAGUCGUGGAAAAGAAGUAAAAAAGUCGUCUUCAAGGACAUGGUUUUGUUUCCUAGAGCAAUGGAUAGAUAUGGAUGAUGUCAAAGAUAUAGAUGAGCAAGAGAAAGGCAACAUCUUUGAAAUUGAGAAAAAGAGUGAAGGACAAGCUUCAAGUGCUAGGGAAAGCAGUUGUUCAGUGCUCACUGAUGAUGAAGCAUGUCAAGUUUGUUUAGAAGAACUGGAGCAAUUUUGGGACGAAUCUUUGGAAGAAUGGAGGUACAAAAAUGCAACAAGGAUUAAUGGACGGACGUACCAUGUCAGCUGUUACGAUGGGGCUGAUGUUGGAAGCGUCAUUGAGAUCGAAGAUGGCUGCCCACUUUCACAGCACCAAACAAUUCUUACAAAUGAAAGAAAUCUUUCGAAUUAUCCUGAUACUGACGAAAGGCUGAUGGAACAAAAAACAAAGCAAAAUCUUUCAUCUCCUCUUUUUGAUAGUUCAAAGCAUGAUGACGUAUUGUUGCAAAAUGGAACAGAAACAAAUCAUAGUUCACCGGACACAGUUGCACAAGUUUGCCAAGUGAAUCAAGAUUCCAAUUGAAAACUAGACUGAGCCUUACAGCAAAACAAUUUAGUUUGUAGCAUGGAACUGAAUUUUGUCGAAAGUCUUGAUGUCAAGAUUUUUUGUUGCUUUCCUCAAAGCUGUUUUUUAGGUUGCUGUAAAAAUUUUUAGUUUACCAAUCUUGUCUUCUCUGAACCGCAGGCAUGGACUUAGAGGACUGAACUGCACUGGACUGGACUGUGGCGUCAAGGACCCAUAAAAUUUUGAAAAAUAUUUUUAUAUUAAGAGCAAAGGUGGUUGCCUGGCUUCAUUUAAUAUCAUAAUCUCUUUAUCCAAUACA